AUGGCGGUUGAAGGUGGUUCGUGGUGGUUAGAGAGUUUGUUAGGGUGGUUAGAAAGUUUGUUAGGGUGGUUAGAAAAUGAUGAAGAUGAGGAAGAGGAGAGAAUGGAGAGAACGAGAGAGAUGGGAGAGUAUAAAAAUCUGGAAAAUGAAGUGUGUGUGGUUAAUGCAGGGGAAACUUCAAGACAUAUACUUUUUGAAUGUCAAUUUGCUAGAAACAUUUGGAAUUGGAUGGUAAACAUGCUGCAAAAUAUUGCUCCUGUCAAUAGUAUGCAGGACUGCAUGGAGAUCCUGAACUUGAGCUGGUCUCCUCAAGCUAAAACAGUGGUUCUUUCUUAUGUUACAAGUCUGUUCCAUCAAAUUUGGAGAGCUAGAAAUUUGCGGAGAUUUGAAGACACUAUUUUGCAUUGGAAAACUCGUGUUUUGGUCAUAUUGACAAAUGCUAAACUUGUUGGAAAUUCUACUGCCAGAAACUUAAAUUCAUCUAUUGUUAAUUUUACUUUAUUAAAAGGCUUUGAUAUCACAAUACAUCCUAGAAAGCCUUUAAGAACUUUAGAGAUUUUGUGGACCCCUCCUCCUAUGGGAUGGAUAAAAGGAAACAUUGAUGGGAUUGCUCAAGGUUCGCCUUCUAUGGCAGCAUGUGGUGGAAUUUUUAGAGAUGGCAGCGCUUGUUAUAUCACUAGUUCUGGUGCGUUUAUUGGCACGGGGAAUUUUGUUGUUGCUGAAUUAAUGUCGGCUAUUAUUGCUAUUGAGAAAGCUUGUGAGCUUGGGUGGAGGAAAAUUUGGAUCGAAAUAGACUGUUCUCUUGUGGUGAAAGCUUUUUCUAAUGCUCAUCUGGUUCCUUGA